UCGUAAACCCUAGAAAGAAGUUCGUAAUAAAAAUGUCCAACAACAUACCGUUGGAAAUCCAAACGGAAAUCAUGAAGAGGCUUCCUGUGAAGUCGUUGCUUCGAUUCCGAUCUGUCUCCAAAUCAUGUAAGUCUCUGAUCGACAGCUCUGAUUUUAUUAAGCAUUAUAUCGGCCAACAGCAGCAUCUGCUUGUACGUUGUUAUGAUUGCGUUGCACAUUUUGAAAAACAACCCAUGUCCAUUGUUGAUGAUGAUAGUUUACCCACACAGACAGCUUCCGUUACUCUUCCCUCCUUGGUUGAAUAUCCCAACUUAAUCGGCACCUCUCACGGCUUGUUCUGUUUCUACGGCCCCUCCUCGGGCAGGGCUGUUAUCUUCAAUCCUUGCAUUAGAACAACGCUUGCUUUUGCUGUCCCUCGUGUCACCAAUGAUCGCUUAUAUCGAACCGUUAUAGGUUUUGGGGUUUGUCGUCACACCACUGACCCUAAGAUUGUCAAGAUUACACUUACUAAAAAAAGCGAUAGACACAUCAAUAGUCCUUGGCAAGUUGGGGUGUUUACGGUAAGCACAAGUACCUGGAGAAGUGCAUAUAGCACCAAUCUCCCUCGUAACUCGAUUAGUAUCUAUAUGAAUCAGGUGGUUGUAGAUGGGUGUCUCUAUUGGCUUGCUAGUGAUGGGCUUGUUAAUGAGUGUUCUUAUUUGAUUGUUUCGUUUGAUCUAACAAGUGAAGAAUUUAGAGAGGUAAACCUUCCGGAUAGUUUAGCCCAGUUUCAUGGUAGUUUGGCUUUGUCCUUGUAUAAGCUAAGGGAGUCCCUUGCUGUGAUUAAAGAUGGUGUGGAGGCCAAUAAACGAGUUUAUCAUGUAUGGAUGAUGCAGGAUGAUUCGUUUAUAAAGCUCUACACUAUUAAUAGUAGUCACUCACCAGAUGUAUCCAUACUGCGUGUGUGUGGAUUUAGGAAGACAGGUCAACCUUUAAUCGAAUUAUCAGAAGCUCAUCCUGGAUCUACUAGUAUACUUGCUGCUUAUGAUCCCUACUCUAAAUCCAUCACUAAUAUUAGGAAUGAUGGAAAUUAUUCUUCAUAUACUGUGUAUUCCUACAUGGAAACACUACUUCUUCUUUGAUCAGCCCGUUUUUACUUCUGCUUUUGAAACAUACA